AUGUUUCAGAGGGCAAGAGCAAUAACAGAGAAGGCCUUCCUCCUGGACCCUGCCAGCCGAAAUAAUGGGCUGAUGGGACUCUCAGUAUGCCUUCUCUACCAGCACGAGUGGGAAGGGUCAAUUCCAUUUGGGAGCAAAAAUUCAGCUGAACCUGUAACAAUCCAGCCAUGUCCCACAGGUACCUUUGCUACUUCCAACAUGACAACCCUGUUACACACUGGAGGCAACUGGUCCACUGGUCUGUUUGAUAUCUGCAGUGACAAGACAAUUUGUAUGUGUGGCUUGUUGUGCAGCCCAUGUCUGGAAUGUAGACUUGCGAGCAGGUAUGGUGAGUGCUUUUGCUUCCCAUUACUUCUGGGUUCAACCUUAGCCCUAAGAGCUGGCAUCAGAGAGAGACACAGCAUACAUGGAACUCUCUGCGAAGACUGGAUGGCAGUUCACUGCUGCUGGCCUUGUGCAAUCUGUCAAAUGGCUCGAGAAAUGAGGAUAAGACCUCUGCUCCAGGUCUACAAAAUGCAUCGAUCCCCUCCUCCUCCUCCUCUUCUGGCCAAAGAUGCACUUGUUUAA